AAAUACAUGAUUCUUCCAUUUAAAUUUUCAAGAAAGAGAAAGAAAAAUUGUCCAGUAAAGACCCAAAUAAGCGCUUGAUGACUUCCAAAAACAUUGUUCUUUACUUGGUUUACUCCAUGUUUCUAUAGAUGUGUAUCUGAAUGACUAUUCCUAGUUAUUGGUGUCUUGAUGUUAGUUCGGAUGUGUCAACUGAAGAACAAAAUAUUUGCUGUUGGGAGAACCUUCUCAUCGUGCUCGUAGAAGUAGAAUCAAAAGGGUGCGAGAAGGCUUUGAGAAUUCCCUUGAGGGAAGGAUUGAACUUAUUGACAGUUAUGCAAGAGAAACCAUGUCAGAACAGAUACAACAAAUCAUGGAACUGGAGAAUCUUGAAGAGGCAUAUCCCACAACGUUAUAACAAAUCCCUAAUCCCACAACGUUACGGCCCCUUCUCUUGUAAAGAGAUUGCAAAUCGACAGAUUUGGGGGGUGGUUGAAAAGGCAUUCCAAAUCGGUCGAUCUCCCUCCCCUUCUGCAUCUUUGAAAUCCAAAGAUCCGAACAGGAGGAAGGACAACCUCCCCUCACUCCCCCUCCCUUAUUAUCUUCCCCAUCCCCUCUCCUCCCUUUCUGUCCUACACCUCCAAUCCAAACAGUAUGUAAGAAAAUCGAUUGGAAUCUCAUGGAGAACAAGAACCAAAUUAUAGUCGCAACCGUCGAUGAGAUGUGAAGGGAUCGGAAUUUGGUCAAGUCUGAGGUAUCUCACCUUUUUAAUGUCAAUUUAAGCAAUAUAUUCUCUGCUUCUCUAAAUUUUUUACUCUUAUUUGUAUGCUUUUAAGUAUUCCAUCUUCUAAGUUGUAGCUUGAUCCUAGUUUCCUCAGAAUUCUAUACAAGACAGUUAUAAAUUUCGAUUUAUACACAAGAGCUGGUAUGAAUUUUUAUUUUAUGGAUUUUUAUUGAUACUAGUUUCCUCUUUGUCUGACGUAUUUCUGGUAUAUUAUUGAGGGACAGGCUUUUAUUUUUUAUUUUUUAAUUUUCUUUUUCUUGUUCGAGAUUAUUUGUAGACUUGGUUUUUGUAAGUGCUUUGUUUACUUGUAGACAUGGGGGCAUAGAAGGCUCUAGCAGAAUUGAAGCAUCAGACAAUGCUUUAGUUAAUGCUUUAGUUUAGCAAUUUAAUUUUCUCACUUAGAAAAAGAUAUUUUCUAUUGGAGCUCACUGAUUGAUUUUACUGUUUUUGUUUUCUGGUGUAUUGUACAUAAAGUUUGAACAAUGUA